GUGAGAGAAGUGCUUUUUGGUCAUCUUCAAUAAUUGUAAAGGAGCAAAAAGAACUGUGAGUGUCACAGCAGUUCUGGUUGUCCGCCGUUGUCACGCUUUCCUUGCUCGAAAUCGGAAAGAGAUCUGCUACGCUCACCGCAAGAGGCAACAGAUGGCAGCCGGCUGAUAACAGCUUCUGGUGCUUUUUGAUGGACAAACAGGUGGCGGUAGUCUAGCCAACAGCUUUCAAGUGCAGCACACGAAAAGGUAUCCUUCUCACAAAUUAUCACUGUUUGAUUCUCGUUACUUUUUCCUGCAAACAUCAACUACCACUUGCACAAAACGCUUCUUUUCCAACACAGCUCCACAAUGAACCCAUCCUCAAGUACCCCCAACAAAUCUGGAGCCAAAGCCACCAAUGUGCGAGAGAGUUUGAUGGCCAGACGUGCGAUGGAAGGUGACAACAUGGGAAUGGCUGAAGGCGAUGUUGUUAUGAGGGCCUCGACGCCAGCGGAAGCUCGUCAACUUCGCUUGGCCAAGUUGUCUCAAAUCUUGGCGUUUGUGUUGGACCUGACAGAGGACGAAGACUUUUAAUAAGAGCACUGUUUGCUCUUGGGUUUUGACCGCACCUAGCAUCCAACAUGCACAAUUAUGAAACAAAAUUCACGCUACCGAACAAUGUACCGUACGACCUGAGCAAUGAACUACGAACAAACAAGCUACUACCGAUACAUGACAUGAACGCCCUCCGAAAUGGAACCACUCUAUUGAUACCAAUAGCGCACGAUGAAAAAACAUCUUGCUAGCUAGCCGAGCUAGCUGCAACGAAAGUGUACUAGAAAUUUACUUAUUUUUG